GCUGGAGGCCCGCUACUGAAAAGACAGAAGUUCGGUUCGAUCGUGGGCAGUGAUGGGCGUCGCGCUUCCCUACGUGUUGCCCAGAUGAUGCAGAACCAACAGUCGAGUAUGACGAGCAGCAUGAGUGCGAUGUUUGUAAUAAGGCAUUCCGUACUUCAUCUUGUUGAGAAGCACCUAUAAUAUGUAACUUUGGAACCUUUUUCGCUAAAAAAGGAGGGAAAACGUCUCAAAGAUCACUGCUUUCUUCAAGAUGGAUCAUUUUUAUAUGGUUAGCUCUAAAAGCGGCGCAGGAAAUGAGCGAGGAUAGCGCGAUGAGCGCUUCCGGGUCGACUGGGGGAAGAGAUGCGACUUCGUCUACCUCUAGAACGACGGCAACUUUAACGAAUUUUAACCCACUAAGCGGCUCACAAGAGAAUUCCAAUCCGUAUGCAGGAACAGGUCUUCCAGGCACUUAUACAGGACGAGUGCUAGUUUCACCUCCGGCAGAAACAAAACGAAAAACGUCAAUGACCACAGAUGGGCCACAACAGCGAGCAGGGAAUCCUAGUAGAAGGGGACAAUCAGUAGCUCCUAGAAGAGGACAAUCGGUAGCUCCUAAAAGAGGACAAUCGGUAGCCCCCUCAAGAUCGAGACGCGCACCUUCACUGGCGAGGAAACCAUCAACUUCUACUUCGAAGUCUUCUUCCCUACCUAUAGACUACAAGAAUGUCGUGGAAACGGAAGUGGCGUCUCGAACACUUUCUGAUGUUGCUAGCUAUUCCUAUUCACAAGAAAGUCAAAGUCAAGUCCGUCGCACGUACACCACCAGGAGAACUGCGAGUGUGAGUCGCGGUGCCGCUCCAUCUACUUCGAGCUUCCGUCCUGCAACAAGGAGAGACGCGACGUUUCGUGGUGCAACAUCUACUUCGACCGUUUCACGUGGUGCAACAAGAAGUGACGACGAUCAAACAAGCGCCUCAUCGGCUAGCAGUACGAGUCUUGGGAUGUUGUUGCCUCCUCCUGGAUCAGGAACUAUGGAUCAGGAGUCUAUAAGACAACAAAACCUUGAUCAGGAACUCAGAAUGCGAAUGCAACUUCACUUCCAGUCGACUAACCACCUCCAGAGCCAGACGAGAAAUAACUACAGCAUCAAAAAUGUUAAUGCUAACGACUUUGUACCUGUUAGUACCUCUACAAGAACGCCACUAGAGAACGAGCAAAACUUGGAGGAGCAACGGCAUUUUCAUCAGCAGCAACAGCAUUAUUUCCAUCAACAGCAACAACAGCAUGAGAGACUACGAGCCAACAUUUUCCAACUGGAGCAAUAUCAGCAAUUCCGAUUCCUGCGUCCGAAGAAAAUUCUCAUGCUCACAAGCGCGCGUCCAACCCAAAACCCAUGGAAACUUACUCCCCAAACCACGGGUGGUUAUACCCCUCUGAUGUUAACUUCUCAAGAAGGCCUCCGACACGACUACAAGAGUAAGUUGUUGCUGUCACCGGGUUUGUUUGCAAAUGAGGGUCAUCACGCUAUAGGUACGACAGGGACUGGGAGUACACUAGUAAAUAGAAAUACAACAGCUCCUACACCGUCGUCAAUCGCGGCAAGUGUCAUCGGCGACCAAAACAACUUUGCUACAGCUACAACUACUUCGACAAGGAUUAACAAGGCAGUCAUGAAGAGAAGAAGUAACAACUCUUUUCGGCCGUUUUUAGUCUUCAG